AUGCAUCCAGCGCCUCCCACAGCAUCCGGCUCUGAAGAUCCACGAGUCUACGUGGACCGUCUCUCCGGCAACUGGCGAUACGAGGACGACGAGGGGGACGAGUGGGAAUGGCAGCCCUUUCUGCAGCAUGCUCGACCUGCAGUAGAUUUGGGCGAGACCGAAGAUGAGGUCGCUAGCACAUCCGCCUCUGCUUCCUCGUCGAGGGCGAUACCAAAUGCAUUGCCGGCUGGUCACUGGGUCAAAGUGCUGGAUGACGACCUGAUUCGCGCACAGCAAGCAGCCUACUCGAUCGAAGGCGUCGACGAAGCACAACCGGCACAAGCCGUGCUUCGGCGUGGCAAGAAACGACCUGCCUCGCCUGACAUCACCACAACAAUCUCCGCGGGUCCUUCAGCAUCAACAUCUUCAGUAAAGUUGGAUAGGCUACCACCAUCGAAGAAGCCAAAACCAAUCACGUCGCUCUAUGUCACAGGUCUACCCCUCGACGCUACCGUCGACGAGAUCGCCCGCGUCUUCUCCCGAUACGGCGUGCUGCUCGAGGACGAUUCUGGCAAUCCGAGGAUCAAGAUGUACCACGACGACAAAACGGGCAUGUUCAAGGGCGAAGCGCUGGUGGUGUACUUCAAGCCGGAAAGUGUGGAGUUGGCGAUAAGCAUGUUGGACGAGACGAGCAUGCGUGCUGCGAUAGGGUCGGCGGCUGCGAGUGGGCCUGUGCUGCGCGUUCAACGAGCCGAGUUUCCCACCUCCAGCAACGGUGUCAACCACACUCAGCCGGGACCGGAGAAGGAGAAAGCGAGCAAGUCGAGCGCAGAAACACCGUCGCAUGGCCAACGACGCAACCUUUCAGAUCAAGAUCGCAAGAAGAUCGCCAAACGAGUCGCACGGUUGGAAACCAAGCUCUCGGAUUGGCGCGACGAAUCGCUCUCCCCUACCGACGAGACUGCUCCUUCUACCAGCGCUGCUGUCUCGGCGGGUGAAGGGAGUCGAACCGUGGUGCUCACCAAGAUGUUCACGCUAUAUGAGCUGGAUUCCGACCCAACGCUGCUGCUCGAUCUCAAACAGGACGUUCGCGAGGAAUGCACCGACACCAUCGGCGGCGUGACCAACGUCGUGCUGUGGGACAAGGAGCCAGAGGGCAUCAUGACGGUCAAGUUUCAGAAGCGCGAGCAGGCCGAGGCGUGCGUGAGCAUGAUGAAGGGGCGCUUCUUUGCACAGAGGCGGAUCGAUGCGUGGAUAUCUGAGGGCAAGCCGAGGUUUCGAAGGAGUGGUGGUGGUGGGGACAGCGAUGAUGAAGAUGGGGAGGGCGAAGAGAAGAAGAGGAAAGAUGCUUUUGCAAGUUGGUUGGACGACGAGGCGUAG